CGCCCCGCCCCUCACAUGACCGCUAGCGAGGUUUUUGUCGCGCCCGCUCGCCCCGGCCGCUCGCCGUGCCCCGGUGUCCCCGCCGCCGCCGGCAGCAGCACCGCCGCCAUGGGCCCGCGCCGCUCCGCCGCCUCCUCCCGCGGCCGCCUCCUCCUGCCGCUGCUGCUGCUCGGCGUCUCUGGUUUUUUCCAGUCCUAUGCAGUUGAAGUAGAUAUAAAGGAUUCCUCUAAUGCAACUUGCCUGUAUGCAGACUGGAUGAUGAGGUUCUUGAUAACAUAUGAAUCAAACAAUGGUGAUUAUAAAACCACAACCCUGAAUUUGUCAUCGAGUGUGACACACAAUGGAAGCGUCUGUGGCAAUGACACACAGGCUGCCCUUGUGGCAGUGCAGUUUGGAGAAGGUCAUUCUUGGAGCAUUAACAUCACAAAAACCAAUGAAACUUACCAGGGAGACUUCAUCACACUGACCUACAACACCAAUGACACAGCUGUAUUUCCUGAUGCUAAAAGAAAAGGACCAGUUACUGUUCUUCUGAAGGAUCCUGCAGGUCCAGUUCAACUGAAUACUGUCUUCGUGUGUCAUAAUUCCUUUUUUAUUGAAGCAGAAAAUAUAACACAGAUUUUCUGGAAUGUUACUGUGCAGGCUUUUGUUCAGAAUGGCACAGUCAGUAAAAAAGAGACUAGAUGUCCUGCUGAUACACCUACUUCUGCACCUACUGUUCCACCUACUAUUGCCAAUGUAACUAGUGCACCUAUCACUACUUCGUCUCCUGCUCCAACUCCUCCCAAACCUGUGGAGAAUCCAGACACAGGAAAUUAUUCUCUUAAAAGUGGAAAUAAAACAUGUUUCCUGGCAACUGUGGGGCUGCAACUGAAUGUUUCCCAAGACAAGCCUCUUCUGAUCAACAUCAAUCCAAAGACAACUGUCGCAGAUGGUGCCUGUGGUAACACAACAGCCACUCUGAAAUUGAAUGAUGGAAAUAGCACACUGAUUGGUUUCACAUUUGCUGUUAAAAAUACAAGUGCAAGCGUACAAAAAUUUUAUCUGAGGGAGGUGAAUGUUACUCUGCUCAACCAUCUGAAUGGUUCUGUCAUUUCAAGUGCAGAUAACAACAACUUAAGCAAGUGGGAUGCUUUCCUUGGUAGCUCUUACAUGUGCCGGAAAGAGCAAACCCUUCAGAUUAAUGAAAAUGUUCAAGUACAUACUUUUAAUCUAUGGAUUCAGCCAUUCCUUGUGGAGGCAAAUAAGUUUGCUACAGCCCAGGAGUGUUCGCUGGAUGAUGACAGCAUUCUAAUCCCAAUUGUAGUUGGUGCUGCACUUGCUGUCUUGAUUGCCAUUAUAGUGGUUGCUUACAUAAUUGGCAGAAGAAAAAGCUAUGCUGGAUAUCAAACUUUGUGAAUCUAAGUGUGAUUCCUGUUAUGACUUCACUCUAAACAAAGCAAGUGCAAGUUCUGAAGUCCAAAAAAGACCCAAAACCUAGGAAUAAUUACUAGCCACAGCUAAUUGGAGUUGAGAAACAAAGGGAGAAUGUUUAUCUCAGAUGAAGCAGAAUCACACUUUGUUUUCCUGCCCUAAGAAGACGAUGUGGGUUUCAUAGCUGUUUUGAAGAUGUCAAAUCCUGGAUGAAUUGCUAGGCUAAGGAUUUUAUCUUGCAAAAGUCCUAAAGCAUUUAGGAUUUAUAUCUGCUUUUUACAAAUACUAGCCUGAAACAAUAACACGUUCUGAACUGAUGUGCAUUGGGCAUCUCCCAGAAUAGCAUAGAAUUUGUACUUGCUUCUCUCCUCUGCGUUCCUUAGUUGUUGUUGUAAUUGUGGGUUAAGCUGGCAGCAUUAGUCACUCUGUUGACUUGUAUAGUAUUUAACAAGGAUUGUCUAAUGCCCAAUAGCAACUUCCUUUUCCAUAGGACUGAACUUCAGGCUGGUGAUAAGUGAUCUCUGGAAGUGGCAGCAGUAACUUACUUGCCUUUGUUAGGGGUUCAGUAAUUUACUCCUGCCUUGGUGUAAUUUCAGGAAUCAUUCCUAUACCAUGGCUAUACAAACAAAAUGGGUAAUUUGCCAAAUGGUGAAUAUAUGGGAAGACUUCAGUGCUGUUUCCAGAUCCUUUCAAUAAAAAAAAAAACCUGUUAGGCACUGAAUUCUUUAUUAUACCUUGGCAAUAGUCUAAAAUACUCACCUAAGGCAGACUUCUGCUAAAUUAAUGCAAGCUUUUUUUUGCUGGCAUCAGUUUAAAGGGAAUAACCUCUCUAAAUAUUCCAGAACUUUAAAGUGCACUUAACUUCAUACCAUACUCUGCACAGAACUGGUCUGUCUUGUUGCUUUGAAUGACCUUGUUUAAAGAUGCUUUCAUAUAAUGAGCCAGUAUCUGUUGUUGCAGCUUGAGCUGUUUUUCAAGCUUCACCUUGAAUGGUUCUCUGCCAGUCAAAGUUCACAUUGUAACUGCCCGCCAUUGGCACUCUGAAUGUUGAACGUUUGUGUUGGGUUGUUUGCAGUGCAGCAUUUAUUAAUGUUCAGAAUGCAAAAGCCAAACAAGUCUGAGAUGGACCCACACCACCUGUUUUUCCUUGCUGUAUGAAAAUAAUAGGUUAAAAAGUGCAGUGCAACUGGACUGUUCUUUAACUGCAGCUCAGUAGAGACUAACCUUUAAUGCACAACUUUUCUCUGGGCUCCUUGUGCAAUUCUUACUGCAUGGAAAAAAAAAAGAAGUCUUUUAGACUUUUAGAUAAUUGUGGCUUUUUUGCAUAUGUCAUAACAUGAGCUGCCUAAGCUAGUUAUUUAAUGAACAUAACAUUGUCUCCCCAUUUAGAAUGAGUUUAGCCUGCAUCAAAGCUGCUCUAGUGUUUUCUUAGUGUUCUCUAGGGUUGUAGAGAUGUCUGUGGCAUGUUUGUAUACAAAUCAUAAAAUACACUUCUUUCAGUAAUGGUUUGGUUUUUUGUUUCUUUUUUUUUGUAAAGACAGUUUACUCUUGACACUAGCCAAGGAAGCAUGUAUGGGUGGAUAAUGCUUACUAUAGCUUGUAGUCUACAGCUUGAAUUUUGCAUCAGUUACUGAAAAGCAUUUUAAUGAAAGUGGGGAACUGCUAUAAAUUUAAUCAUGAAACAAGCUUCAAGACUUACCAUUUUAAUUUUUAAAAAUGGAUCUAAUGACUUCAAUAUAUCCUCAAAUGCAGAAGUUCUUAUAGAUUUUUUAGCUUUUUUUUUUGUGAGUGAUGUUCAGUGGCACCAGUUAAACAUGCAUCUCUGUUAAGGAGUAAUCAUCACACUCUUCUUCUGACCUUGCAAAUUUUUGAACUGUACACAGUUUCUAAGUGAUAAAAUAGAAGAUUUGUGCAAACUGCUUCCUAAAAUCAACACUAGAAAUACCAUUGCAAAAACCUGUAAGUAUAUUGGCUCAGAGUUUUAAGUACUCCUAGACUGAUGUGCAGGUAACUGGUUCAAAAAACAUCAGUUUCACCUGACUUCCUGUUGUUACAAAACCACUAGUUUUCCUGUAUGUAUUGCUCCAUAGGGAACUGUCAAUCUGUUUAACCUGUGCUCUAAAAAAUAAAGAUUGUUCUAUUUCUUAAGGAAACUUGUUCACAUUUUUUAACUGAUUUGAAAACAGAGUCUUGUAUUGUCUUUUUUUAAAGAAAAUAAACUCAAUGAGUAAGGUGAACUCUAA